AUGGCCCGUCGCGCACUUGCUGCUCUGCUAUUGUUACUGUGCUUCCUGCUGGCGAGGAGCGAGGCUGCCCUCACCGCACCGUUUGGCGGCUGCGAGGCCGGCACAGCAGGCUAUGUAAUUCAUUCCUCCGGUGAGAACGACAAGGGGGUGCAGUACUUAAUGGAGAACGGCAUCGCAUUUGUUAUCCUUCCUGCUACGGUCACCAAUGGCGUUGUCAUGUGGGAGAACGGCGAGGUCGCUGCGUGGAUGCCGCCCGACUUCCAAGCUCCGUCUGACGCCCAUUACCGCCUCAUCCUGCGGAAGAACGGCGGGUGGGCCGUCAUCGCCAUGCCUUUUACGUGGAAUCACCUGUGCACCGAUGGCCGCGAAGACGCGGAGACGACAACGACAACGCAAAUGCCGGACACGACGACGACUUCCACCACGACCACAACGCCUGCACCGACGGCCAACCCUCACCUGUCGUCAUCAUCAUUUCAAUCAGAAAGCUCAGCCUCCAGUAGCUUUGCGUCGCCUAUCACGACGACAACUCUGGCUCCUUCUCCGACAACCUCCACCACCGCUGCGCCGCCGCAAUCUGUGCCAACGGUGUCGUCGGUUAUGCAGACAGUGAAGAGCGUCAUCUUCGCUGCAGUGCCGACGGUGGAUGUGAUGGACUUCACCUCGAAUGUGGUCUACCUUCCGGCGACGGCGACCCUUGUGGAGAACAUGCAAGCGCUGCAGGCAGCCAGCACCGUGAUCGCGGUACGGUUUGGUGCCACAGGCCCCGUGUCCGCUCUUUUGACGGAUGCGACUGCCGCCUCCGUUUCGUUUCAUGUGCCAAAUGAGCUGUACAACGUCUCUGUGGUGACCUCGCAUGCGCUGUCGCUGGUUACGCUAAACACCGCCGACAUCCUGGCCGUCGGCUCGCAGCUGCGCAUCACACCGGUACUGAUCGCACUUCAGCAGAUGUCCAUCGGUGUGGUACUGCGCGAUGAGUCCAUCCUAGAAGGCACAGAUAUCCUGGCGACGGUGCGCUUCGCAGGGCCUGGGACGGCGUUACUGCAUACCACGGAUGUCUCCAAAGUCAUCACGUCCACGCUGUCCUUCUCGAUGGUCAACAACGGCGCCGUCGGCAGUCGCUGCAACCCGUCCACGUCGCCUAUCCCGUAUUUCAUCACCCGCUAUGACGUGCGCUUCCUCGUGCCGAGCAACUAUGUAGCGCGAGUGCACGCUGGCCACAAAAGCGUCUGCGCUACGUACAACGGCAAGAGCGUCGUCGUGGCCCCUUUCGCGAUUCAGGGCAUCGUUGUGACGACUACGGCCGCCAGAUUUCCUGCUGCAGCGGCGAUCCCGAUCAGGCUACAGGGUGGCACGACAACCGGCAUCGCGAGGGGUGCCUACGCAGCUUUCGCGUCAGCGUCGUCGGACUGCACCUCGGAGCGGGCGAAAAUCUCACUGCUUGCAGUGAACUCCUUUACCACCAGCAGCGACUCCUCCACCGUACCAGGCGCCCUCCUCGUCGCAAGCAGCGAAGUUCCCACUGGCAGCUACGUGUGCAUGCGGCACACCUCCACCAACAGAAGGUUUUCUGUCAAGUACCACGGCAAGCCAGUCACAGUUGACGCAGCAUCGAUGCUGCCGGCGGACGCCGCCACGGCGCCAGUGCUAACCAUCUUCAACGGCAGCUGUGGCUCUUUGAACUUACUAGAGUUUGUGCGUCCGCCUUCCAGCGCGGACGACAUAGCCGCCUACUUGUCUGCUGCUUCAACGGUGUCAGAGGCCUACCGCGUGUUUCGCUUCGUGCCAGUCAAAGCAGGCGCCACCGCGGCGGACAAGGCGGCUGCGUGUCGACGCUUCAAUGAGGAAGCAACGCGAGACGCCGUGAAUGGUGCCAUACAGUUCCCCUUCCCGCUCUACCUGCAGCAGGCGAACGGUGUGCUGUGCGCCGACGACGAGUACGUGCGGAUUGACUACACGGUCAUCCAGCCCACGAACUGGCUGAUGUCUAUGGCUGGCGUCAGCGACUUCGCCUCCCACAUGCUGGUACUCUCUUCUGGCCCGGAGUACGACGCAGUGCCGCUUUCCGUGCGCAGCAGCGGCCUCGCCUCUGUCGGGUCUAGCACGGCGGUGCGUCUCUCUCAAGACGGCAGCUGCGCUUUUGGCUACACUGCCCGCAUCCAGUCUUACGACACCCAGCAGUACAUCGUCAUCCCGACGGCGUCCGUGGGCGUGCACACGGUUUGCGCCGGGCUGUUCAACGAGACCGGCACGUCCAUGUUUGUGUCUACCGGGUCACAGCUGGACCUGGCGUCGUACGUGCGGGGCCGACGCAAGUGGAUGCACGAAGCAGGAAUCGAGAGAACGGAGUGGACGCCAUGUGGCAGCGCCUCCACGUGUGGCCUUCACACGCAGCAGGCAUACAUCAAGGUGUGCAACGGCGCCGUUCGGCGCAACGUGUGGCCGCAGCGGUUAGAUGGAGCUUUCGUGGGCUCCGACAGUGUCAUGGUGCUCAUGGCCGGCAGUCUGCACAAGACGCAGGCGAUUGUGCUAAUGAACGACGUCUACGUUCCGGUUGCGGCUGCCUUUAUGCACUGCCAGCAGUUCAGCUUGUUGCAGCUGUCCACCGACGACGGGGCAACGUACGGCGCGGCUGCCGUGGUACUCGGCAAUCACCCGCAGAUCGCGCUGAGCCCCGUCACCGAUGUCUCUGGCGUUGUAGUGGGGUUUGUACCGUGGAACGCGAUGUGCCGCGGGGUGCACACCGGUGCGGAUGUCAUGGUAACGCGCACGGCAGCCGGCGUCUCCGUGAUCGACAUGAGCGGGCUGCUGUUUACCAAGACAAAGGGCUAUUACGCCGUGUGCGUGCGCAACGGCGUCGCGUGGACGCGUGUGACGGGCACGUACAUCAAGGUCGUCAUUGGUGGCGUCACGGUGUACCAGGCCGAGGGGAUCAGCACCGGAGACGCGCUGACGAACCAGAAGAGCAUUCACCUGUACCAAACGCAGACGGUGACGUGGGGCGUGGUGGGCACUUUUUCCCCCUCCGUGAGCCUCUUCUUGAAGCUGGCCUGGAUGGACGCUACGUGCACGAUGGACGCGGCGUACACGGCAGCCCUUCGCUACAUCUCCCCCAGCAGCGCCAAUGUGACAGUCGAGGCGUCGCUGAUUGCCGCCGCGCCGGCAGGCGUGGCAGCACCGACAUUGUACCCGUGCUACGCGGCGAACAGGUUCGGUAAUACGGCAGCGCCGAUGCCGUUUGAGCAGCACCGUGGUCGCUCCAUCACGGUCACGCAGCUCACCCUCUCUUCACUCUUCUAUCUCCCGUACCUCGAGCUCUCCGUCUUGGCCCCGGCUGACACGCGCAUCCUCCUCACGGACCCUCAAGACCCUCCGAUAAUGCGGGUUUCACUGCAAGUGAUGAGUAGCCCGAGCGACGUCCCCCAGUGCGGUGCUGCCGCUACGCAUGCGACAGUGCUGAGCACUGAAACAGACGACCUUGGGCGCCGCUGGAUGACGGUGCCGGCGCGGGUGCCGCAGACCUUCGGUGGCAGCGGGUCGACUAAGGUGUACUUGAAGAUGUGCGCCACAGCAUCGAGUAGCGCGAACCCGGAGUUCGUCGCUGUGGACGCAUACUUGGUGCUCAGUGCCAACGCCACCAACCUUGCCGGCAACCCCAUGUCGCUGCGGUUGACCUUUCUCCCACUAAACUCGUCCACGGACCUGCUCGACUACAAGGCUGCACAGUACGCCCUCGCCAAAUACGCUGCAACGGAGCUCAAGAUGCCGGAGACGGCGGUGCUGGUGGCUUCCCUCGGCAACAACGCUUUUGAGCUCUUCAUCGACGAUGCGCUGCAAACCGGCGCAGCUCCGCAGUCGACGAUGACGCCGACGCAACAGCUCUACCAGACCCUCGCCAAGGAGACCGACUUGCCUCUGUUUUUGAAUGGCCGCGACAACGUCACGGCCUGGUUUGUCCUUGCCAAAGCGGAAGCCGUGCACCUGCUCGACCAAACCUCCGUUGAUGCCUACCCACCGCUGGCUCUGCCCGUAUCGUGGUCUGCAGGCAAGUCCUUAAACUACACCGGCCUGAGUAUCGCGCUCUUCUGCGCCGUCGUCGCGCCCACCAUCAUCGGCUUCGUCGCCUUCUCCGUUCAGCAGACCAUCCCGACCCUCUCGCACUCGCACUUCGGCAAGAAGGCGGCCGUGUGCGUGGAGACUGGCGACUCACCACCGCCGCGCAACCCAUGCUCGCGGGUGAACCUGGAGGUUGAGGGUGGUGCCACGAAGGACAAAGCCCGCGACGUCCCUCUGGUUGUGCCGAGAGCGGAGGACACUGCCCAGUGUCCGCUCUACGAUUCGGACGACGAGGGGGCGACGCACGAGAUGAAGGAUAUGGGCACCUCACCACCUCUGCGCAACGACACAUUCGUCAUGGCACACCGUAGGGGCAUCUCCUCCCGCUCGUCCGUCGAGGAUGAAGAGAAGAGCUAG